UUGAUCAUUCGUUAUCAUCACACACAUCUUCAACUUCUUCAAAGUGAACUUGUCUGCUACUGCCUCUUCUCCAGCCUCACACCCCAACUUCCAACAGUGACCCGCCCGUUCUUGCAGCGGUAUAUCCUCUUGAUCGUUGCCAUCUACUGGCAAACCUCCUCCGCAGAGGAUGGAAACGCAUACAGUGCACCUUAUUUCUAAGACACGAAACUGCAAAGAUCUCACUUCUUUAUCACGAUUACACAAGCUGGUAGAUACACAUUGCGAACAGGAUCCUACUGUUCAAUUUUCACGAUCUUUAUUGGAGUGUUCUUCUCGAACGUGCCUUGACAUGAUGGGUUCUGGCAGCAACUCUGUUCAUCUCCGUUGUCUCCAUCGUUCCUAUGUUUGUGUUUACUCCAUGCCACAAUCUCUUUGUUUGUUUGAUUAUGCCGUUCAGUCAAAUUACAUUAAUCUUAUACACUUCCAAUCCCACCGUUGUGUACGAACACGUUUGGUCGUUGCAGGGCCAGCACAACUGCCAGAGACGUUGGUCGUUUUCAUCAGAAACGACAUAACAGCACAAACAGCGACAACAGUAACAACGCACGUAAUCCUAUCCGGGAGCCGCAGCGGCACAACGAUUUCGACAACAGGGAGUCAGCUCAGGAGACGUUUCCACCUUGUGAGAUUGACCGCCGGGAAGUCAACGCCUGCCCAAGCAGCACGCAACGAUGAUGCAGAGAAUCCCAAGGACGUACGUGUACAAGGCUCUCGAUCCUCAGCCGUACUUUCCGCCCCCGAGGGGAGAUCACGUCUCCAUAUGCAAAAGAACAAAGUACGUGCAGUGUAUCCACCCAACACGCUAUGCGCGCUCAAGAUCCUACCAGGUCCCUUGCCGACCCUUGGAAAGUCCUUUAUGCACCUCACUCUGGUCUGGAACGCUAUGCAUUCUGCAUGCUUCCCCGUUCUGACUCUUGUACGUGUUAAGCGGCAACAUGUAUCUCUCAGAAGCAGCAGCGCAGCCUCUGGAACACUUUGUCAGAUGAUCAAGAUUUGUCUGAUCACAGUCGAUUGCAUCCGAUUUGUGCGCACGAAAACCCACACACAAAAACUCAGCAUGCACGCCGUCGCGAGCAACUGACAUUGACCUUCACAACUUUCUCGGUAUCUUUCGUAUACACGCCGCGGACCUAACGCUAACCAUCUGUUCAUGCUUUGCAGGCUAAAGUUUCUCUCCUUAGCCUCAGAACUCGAGGGGGACAGAGUUGAACAGCGUCAGAGGAUACAACAUAAAAGCGCCAAACGGUCGAAGGGGGGUCCAGUGCCUGGAAAAACUCAAAGUCUGAAACAUUGAGAUCUUGUGGUUUGCUAUUCGGCGUGGUAUAGCCACAAAGCUUCCGAUUUACUUUUAGUUUUGACCGUUGUUAGCGACAAGAAUGCCACAAAGAGGCUGAAAUCUCCAUCGAAAUGCAAACGGAUAUACCAGAUCGAGUCAAACAGACCUGAAAUCCGUCAAAUGCUUUUCCACGUGGCUCACAUGGAGUUUAGAUGAGAGACAUUGGGGUAAUGCGUCUCGAAAGUCCCUUGAGAUCAGAGGUACAUGGCUUAUUGAUU